AUGAAAGCAACAAGGAGUCUGGACAAUUCAGAGGUUAAUUCUUUUUUUUAUUUCUUGUUACAAAAAGUUAUACUUUAUUCAUGAAUGUUAUACUAUGCUGUUGACAUUUUAGCUGGCAUUUGGUGACUGACAUGGUUGUCAUCUUUACUAAUAUUAACCAUAAUUAAAUGGGGCUUGGUCAACAUGUUGACUUGACAGUCGUCGGCCUAUAUGUUGACAUAUAUAUAAUUAUAUAAGGGUGCUUUUAGUUCACAAGAUCCAAGAAAUUUAUGGUUAUGCCUUGUUUGUUUGGUGCAUAACUUUGAUUUACCUCUAUGAUCACGUAUGUAUACACCUAAUAAUUAUUAAUGUUUGCAUCAUUGUAUUAAAAAAAACGAAAGUGACAAAUAUAUGCCAAAAUACAACCACUUCAUAACUUGUUUCAUGCCUGAUAGACCUUUAGAUUAUGAAGGAAUUUCUCAUAUUUUGAAACUCUAAAACAAAACUCGUCCCCUAAAAUAUACUGAUUGUAAGCUGUUAAUUUAUCAAAGCGCAUGUCACUGUUUUAAGAAUAAUACUGAAAUCUGAAAGAAAUAACAUUGAUAUGCCUAAUUUAUUUCUAUUUAAAUGAAAUUUUCUAGACGUCGUUUGGGGGUCUUUGGGUGGGGGAGUGAAAAAAAAAUUGGCUAUUCUACCCCUACAUUGUAUCAACUUACGUAUAUAGUCGAUGAAAACAAAUUUUUGUAUAAAUAAUUGCUGUUACUUUGUUUUCUUUCAUUUUUAUUAGUUAUUAUUAAUUAUGUGACCAGGGAUCAAUGUGAAGAAUUAGAUUAAACAAUUAUCAUAAUUUUUUAUUGUAAAAGACUGAAGCAAAUUAAGUGGGCGUGGUUCUUGAACAAAAGUACCAACAGUUGACAUUUAUGUUCUUACUGUUAUUUAUUGUCAUAUUUGUUCUUUGUAGGCUUGCUAUGGUGACUCCAGUGUUCCAGUGCUACAUGUUACUCUUCUUGGUGGUGAGUGGGGUUCAUCUGCUGGUGGGUUGUCAACCAUAAACAGAGAGCUUGCUAUUCACCUUUCAAAUCAUUUAGCGGUGAAGAUUUCUUUACUAGUCCCGGAGGGAGCUUGCAACACUGAAGAAAUAAGAGAAGCAGAUGGCUAUGGAAUCACUAUUGUUGAGGCAAAAAAACGUGCAGCAUAUGAUCGUCUUGAUUGGUUGAGCAUCCCACCCCAGGACCAUGUCAUGGACAUUGUUGUUGGCCAUGGUGUUAAACUUGGUCGGCAAGUGCAAUUCAUUAGAGACUCUGCUCAAUUUCCAAAUUGUAAGUGGGUACAAGUGGUUCACACUGCUCCAGAGGACCUGAGCAGUUUCAAAUCCUACAGUAACCCCAUUUCAAAAGGUGAAACAAAACACAAAUCAGAAGUUGAACUUUGCAAACUUGCUGAUCUUAUUGUGCCUGUGGGACCCAGACUAAAAGAAGCAUACUCUUCAUAUUUACAGCGAUCUAAGACAGGUCAAGAUGUUUUGUCCAUUACUCCAGGCCUUUUUGAAAGGGAGUUUGGGGAUUUAGUGGCAAAACAUUAUCCUAAUGAAGAUGGUGAAUUUAAAGUGUUGUUAUUUGGUCGUGGGGAUGAUGAGGACUUUGAACUCAAAGGAUACAACAUUGCUGCUCAAGCAUUUAGUGAUCAACGGUUGAAAAACAAACCAUAUCGUCUAAUCUUUGUUGGAGCGCCUGAAGGAAAGCAAGAAGAAGUUAGAGAAAAACUUCUUCAGAGUGGUAUUGUGGUAGCGCAGUUGACUGUUAGAAAAUUUAUACAAAGUAGAGAGACACUGAAAGAUUUGCUGUGCGAAGCUGACCUUGCCAUAAUGCCAUCAAAAUCAGAGGGAUUUGGUCUUGUUGCACUUGAGGCCUUGUCUGCAGGACUACCCAUUCUUGUAGGCAGUAGGUCAGGAUUUGCCAAAGCAUUAGAGAAUGUUCCUCAUGGUCAUACAUGCAUAAUGAAUUCCGAUGAUCCUGCAGAAUGGGCAAAAGCAAUAGAAGCUAUUCGUAUCAGGCAUGGAAUGAGGCUUCAAGAGAUAAAAUUACUGAGAGUAUCUUAUGGGGAGAAGUACAGCUGGAAGGAGCAAUGUGAUGCCCUUGUGAACAGAAUGCAGAGAAUGGGUUAUGGUAAGAGUUAUUUUUGUUGAGUGCUGAUGUACUUAAUUACACUGUAUUCAUGUUGUACCAGACAUAAUACACUAAUAUAGUUUUUUUGGCACAAUAUAUGCAAAAUGUAAGAGCUGUGCAGUGCACUCACAAGCACUGAAUGCAUUUUGUUCUUUGACCAAAUUGUCGAGUGUACACACAGGUUCUAUCAGUUUUCUUUGCAAAUUUAGUACAUAUGUACAUGUACAUACUGUCCCAGAAUAUUUUACCGUUUUAUUGAAAGCUAGAUAAAUAUGGCCAAGACAUACACUCUGUAUAAAAUAAUGUACCUCUUUGCAAUCCUUACCCAGUAGAUUCAGUUAUUUUCCUAAGAAAUCAUGUACCUUCAAUUCGUUUAUGGUGAGGGAGGGAGGGGGGGCAUGUAGCCAUACUUGAACGUCAGUGUUGUUAUUUUUAAACUUCCACUGAAGGAAAACAAUUACAAAAACAGUCAGUUUUGUGUUGGGAGGUGACAAACCUGCAAAUUAAAUUGGCGUCUUGAAAUUUUGAGAUGCCUACUUUCCUUAUUAAUAAUGUAGCUCAAAGCUUGAUAAAGCUGACUGUAUAAACGUGUAGGAUUACCAUUUUGAAAUGCAAUCUUAAAAUGGAUCUAUAGUACUUUAAAAAGGUAUGAUGUUUUUACCAUCAAAUUUAUUCUGAAUUCCUAUUGCUUCUUGAGCUUAAAUGUUUUGUGCACACCUUUUAAAGUUGUAUUGAAAGUUGUAAAUGCAUAAAAAGGUCUGUGAUGUGUAGAAUAAGGGUCUCCACCACUUUAAGGGUCACAGUUGUCUGUGACCAUUAAAUUUUUUUUUUAGUGUUACAUAGGAGGUGGUUCCACAUGAGUAGUUAUCAGUGGUGGAGAUGUGAAUGGGUUACAAAACAUACAGUUGUAUAUAAAUAUAUUUUGGAAGAAGCUUAUAAUAAAGGCUUGUUCUCACACCAGAUGCUUCUGAUAUACCAAAGGAUGUUUCUGUCAAUGAAAAGCAGCCCAUUGCAAAAGCUCAUGCUUCAGCUUCUGGAUUCCCAGGAGAGCAAUGUCCAGUUGAUGAACAGCCUAAAACUGAGGAUGAUGCAGCCAGAUUAAGUGAAGAAUCUCCCUUAAUUUGCCAUACUCCUAGCAUUUCUGGGCAUACUUCUGACCAAGGUAUGGAAUUGAAUUACAUUGACAAGGUGCUUUAGGUGUUUUAGUGUCUUGUUUUAAUAAACUCUUGAGAAUUUUUUGGCCCAUUUAAAAAGUAAAUGUUUUUAUUUUUGUCUCUCUGCUAUUCACUAUUUUCAGAUAGACCACACACCUUGGUUACUUCCCAAAAUUUUGCAUAACCAUUGUCUUCAAUUUCUCUUGGGACGAGUGUAAAACCCAGGAGAAAUUGGGGGGUAAACAAGAUGCGUACAAGAUGUAUGUGAAAAUGGUGAAUAGCUAUAUAAGAAUGCUCUGUUUUUGUAAAAGCUUUUUCAAACAAAGAGCUGAGGAGCCUCACUGAGUUUCCUUAUACAUUAGUAAAUAGUUUAUUUUUUUUUGUUGAAUAGUAAUAAGAAGCAGUAAUUGACUUGUAGUUAAUAUCAGGGGCAUCCAACGACGGUGUCCUCCUAAAUACACUGAAAACUCUUUUUGGGCUAUCCAGAGUACUUUCAGAUAUCUAGAAACGCAUUCUAAGCGGCGCUAUAAACUUUGUAUCUGUUCGGUCAUCCUGGGGGAACUUGAAAUUACGAGGGAUUCAGUAUUAUUUUCUCGAAAAUAUUAGAUGCAAUAAUUAACGUAUUACGAAGGAGAAAACUUUUCUGAUUCCUCUUUCCAUCACAUUUUUGAAUCCGAAAAUUUUAGGCUUCCUUUUUUCUAUGGAAAAUAGCCUAACCUUGAGAGUGAAAUGUGAAAAGUUAAACUUCAGAAAGUCGUAAGGAAUUUAUUAGUUGAGCUUAGAAAAUUGUACAUGAAUGGAGCGCUUGUCUAGAAAUUUUUAGCCGUCCUUAAGUAGUAGAAAAUUCUAGGUAAUGUUUGCUUCUCCGAACAGAUAUUUUACAGAAAACAGUCGUUGGGUGCCCCUGUAAUAUGCUUUUAAUCAAUAAUUUUCAGAAGCAGCGAACACUAUUAAGAUGUCGAUCACCCCACGUGAUUUAAGUAGUGAACUGGAGGAUGUCGUGGAUAGAAUGUUAAGACAACAACUUGAAGUGUACUUGAAGUACAAUAAAAGAAACAAGCUUUCUACAGCCAGCGGAUUGAGUGACUUCAUUAAGCAUGUAGAAGAUACUUACAACUUUACUUUAACAUCUGUGGGUAUGGGAUCUUUGGUAAUAAAAGGUCAGUGUCCUGACCUGCAAAGUCUGGAAAGUCUGUGGAAUGAUUAUUGUUCUGGUGUCCUGAAUGAAGCUGCAGAGAGGUUUUUGGUAACUGAUGAUAUGAAGAAAGAAAUCAACUUGGUGACACUCAGAUUAAAGACUAUUAUUGAGGAAGAAAACUAUUUUACUUGCAAGAAAUCUCUUAUGGAAAAGUCAGGUGAGUUGGUUCAGCACAAUUUCUUGGGCAAUUAUCUUUGGACAAAAAAUUGAGAUAAUUCUCUGCUAGUGCUUUGUAGCAGUGUACUCAUAAGUACUUAUAUACAUCGUAUUAAUAAAGCGGUCAUCUUAGAGACUUCAGUCGAGAUAAUGAACAAUUCAACGUAUGGAACCGUUGCCAAUAAUUCUUGUGACGUUUUGUGUUAUGGUUUGUUGCAAUAUCCAAACAAGUACUUAAUACAAUGGUAAAUUUGUAUAACAACAUUGUAAACUAGAUUAUACAUUUUAAGAAACUGCCCGGCCAAUGACAUUUUGUGUAAAGGUUGGUUGCUUAUGGCAGUGGUACUUGACAGCUAGAAUGAUCAUCGUCGUAAGGUGUUUCACUGCGGGGGGAAUCUUUAACAUGAGAGCAAUAGAGAACCUUCUGAGCUUCAAAUUACUUCCCUGAAACAGUUUGCACAAAGAGACAAAUUAAUGAUAAUGCAUAUAAUAUUUUAAUCGAAAUAACAUUUAGCAUGUUAUAAAAAAAGAUGUUGUAACGUUUAGUUCAAGAGAGGUGGCUGUUAGUUGACGUUCACGUUCAUGUGCAGUAAUGCAGUAAUUGUACCUGGCUGAGGGUAUUUUCUGUAACAGUGCAUUCACAAAAGAUGAAUUCAAUACGUGUUUUUGUUAUUUUAUUCUGUGUUAGCAAUCAGCCGUAGCGUGUCACCUUCAACUGAAUCAGAUAAAGAAGCAGCUUCACUUCUAACUGACACAAGCCCAGAUGAUUCUGAGGUAGGUGCUGUGUGCUUGGGACUAAAAAUUAAAACAAGUAAAGGCUAAAAAGGAAAAGAAAUCGAGCUGUUUCAUGGGGUACAAUCUGCAGAAAUAAUAGCUCGGAAAAAAGUAUGACAGUUUUCAAACCCAGUUCUUUUACACAACAUCGAAGAGAAAGACUGGUUGGGUUUCAUUUAAUAUAAAUUCAGGGCUGUACUCUAGCAGAGCCCGGUGGUCCAUGGCACCCAACUUCUGCUCUUGGGCGAGUAGAAAAUCUUAGUAUUUUCAUACAAAUCAUAUGCUGGGCACCCUAGAUUUUAUAGAUUCAGAGCACUGGGCUCUCUUCAAUUUUUCUUAGAGCACAGCCUUGUAAAUUGGAAUUGUAUGAAAAUAUUAUAAUGGAAUGAUUGAGCUAUUUUGAAAAAAUACCUCACAUGGCAGUGGUUUAAGCGUAUGUAUCUUUGUGGCUUUGUGUCUUUGUGUGCUCGGACGUCUGUUGCAGGGGCCAAUAAGGUUGAAGGUACUAUGAGUUGAUGCUUAUAGGAACCAAUAACGCGUAGAUUUUGGCGUCUAAACAUGACGUUGCUUAAGGUCCAUCAAGGGCACUUUGAGACCGCCAUCUUGGUUGCAUGAAGCAUAAGUUAAUUGCACAUGUUGUAAAGCCGAGGUGAUUUCUUAAAACCGUUUGAGCAAACUUCCUAGUAAACAAUUUACGUUCUUUUAUUUACGAAUUGUAAAAGAGGCAAAGUCCAACGUCUUCACUUGCAAACUGUGUUCAUGAGUUAUUUUUAUAAUCCUGCUUACUGGAUCACUGUGUGAUCGAAUUCUCUUAAGUACGAACUACGAAAUGGGCACAGUCCAACACUUUUACGUGCAAACUGUCUGACUGUAUAUCUCAUGCAGAAUGUCUUUUCACGAUAAUAAUAGUAACUUGAAUAUUUGAAAACCUCUUUAGUUUUAUAACUAGUACCUUAAGUAAAGGCUGUUUUCUUAAGAAGCAAUAACUUAUAACACUUUUAGAAUCAAGUCGUCAGAGUGAAAGACUGUUUCAUUAAGUAGAUUCGCACGUGACAACCUUGUGAAUAAUGAUGAUACAACCAUCUACAACAAUGAUGAAAAUCGUGACAUUUCUUAGCUAUUCGAUAUUCGAUGAGCUUCAUUAUCUUAAGAAACCUUGAAGAAAUCUUGAAACCUUCGAGUCUUCCCUCUAACUGAAGCAACGUUUGGUGAGUUGAUAUUCAAAGUGCUGGAACAAUUUAUUUACUUUGCAACAGAUGUCUGAAAGAAAGACAAAAAAACUGAAUCUAUAGUAUUAGGAGCGACUCAGCUGUGCGCAGCGGUUCGCGUUUUCAUUAAUGAACAGCAAUACCCAAUUUCGCGCAAAAAAUAGUCUUAAUGUAGGACUAAAACAGUAGAUUGUUGAUACGGUUAGACUGAAGCAAUCAAAAUAGCUCAUGCACGUUAAACGUGCCUAUGUUUUAAAGGAAAGUGGUCGGUAAUUUUUUGUUGCAUCUUCGUAGAAAUUUCCAACAUUAGCUAAUUGAUGUUUCUUAGACCAAGGGUUUUGAAUACACUAAGAAACAAUGUUAUGGGCAGUCAAGAGUGUGUCGUUUGCCUUGUAAUUUCAGAUUAGAAGUGAUUUCGUAGAACUUCAUUGUAGAUCGGGUUUUAAAUGUAUAUUUUUCCUUUUUUAAUCAUCCUAGGACAAGACGCAGGUCCUGACCCAUAUGGAGAGAGCUGGGAAAGCGAAAGUAAGUUCACUGCGAUAAAAAGAAUACUGGGUGUGCACGCUUUGUGUACUUAAACAAAGCAAAAUAUGUGCAAAUGUGAAAAGCAUCAUUUGGUGGGAGUAUUAAUUGAUUUUUUUUCUCUCUGAUAAAAGGAUAUUAAUUUUUUGAAACAGGUUUCAAGAGGCCCUCUACACAAGGCUGCUGCCAGGGGACAAUACGAGAUGGUUAAAAUGCUUCUUGAAAGUGGUGAAGAUGUGGACCAAAGAGAUCAGGUUUAAGUCUUCCCCAGUCUAUGUAAAUCUAAUGCUUACGGAUUCUUACAUUCUUUUCUUGUUUUAGUAGAUUAUGAGCAGAAGCCUUGCGUUCAUGAACCAACACACCAUUCUAAUCGGCCGGUAGUGACAAGCGUGAUUGACAGAUAGCAUAUUGUUGUUGCUGAAAAUAUCUCUAAGUCAUAACUUUUCUUCUGUAGAAUGCCUAAGCUAUGUUCACACUUUACCGGAUUCCGUAUUUAUUCGAUUAUAUUAACCGUCCUGGGCGCUUAUUAAAUAUUUGGACCUUGAGAGUGGGCGGUUAUUCGAGGUGGGCGCUUAUUCGAGGCUGGGCGCUUAUUAAAUUUUCCAUCAUUUUCAGCAAGUGUAGUAUGUUUAUUUUGCAACAAAACAAUAAAUGGUAAUAACAAAACGCGAAGAUGUAACAAAGCAAGGUUUCUGUUAGCCUCCCGCAGACGUCCUUUGGGAUUCCAGACGAACGAACCCCAAAGGACGUCUGCAGGGUCAAGAAAAACUCUGAUGAUGACUCUCGCACAGGAAGGUGACUCUGAUGAUCACUUAUGCAUUGGUGGUCAAAAACCUUACUAUUCAGUUCAGUACUGUACUCAUCCGGAGGAUCACAAUCAAACUUCUUAAAUAUACAACUUUGUCGUUUUGAAAAGUUAUGGAGACCUAAUUUAUUUUGAACUUGGAAGGAAUUUCCGCCUUGAAAUUUUAAUAGGCUGAGGCGAACCAGAAACUGAAAAUGACUUUAGUUAUUUUAUUUGUCUGUUUUGUGUUUGUUUGUUUGUGUUUACCUCAGGAGCCUGAAAAAUGUUCAGUGUUAUCUGCAUUUUCGUAAUGAAGAAUUAGUGUUUAGAAUGAAAACAUAUAACUUUGUUUUACCGAGUUGUAAUGGAAAGAGUCGUAUGGGGCCUGAAUUAUCCUUUUUUUGCGGUGCAAUCUCAUCAACGUGCAAUGGAGUACGUUAACGUCGCGACGUCAUAGCCUUUUGUCUUUAUCUCAUGAAAAAAAAGAGGUGGAUUGUCAUUAUCUUCUCUUUUUGUGCUUUUCUAAUACAGUAGAAACAAUAGGCUGGUGGUGGAUGAGGGCGGAAAACAAUCGAAUUGUGGUGGUCGUGGUGGUGGUGGAUAAUCACGCGUGUGCACUGAGCUGUGCAGACGUGUUCUGUGUGCUCCGAUCUUAAUUCACGAAUUCUUCUUUUAUCCUAAACCUACGUAUUCUGAAAACCAUUCAGUAUGACUGGUAAAGACAAGCUACGAAAGGAAAAUCAAGCUUUGCGUAAUGAAAUUGAAGAAUUAAAGAACAAACUACAAAAAGUUUUAUUUAUUUCUGCUGCAAUCUGCAACGCUUUCUAAUAGUUAAAGGUUUUUGUUUUUAUUAGAUAAUUGUGUUUUCAUGUACUUGUCUUGCCCCGCCAAGACUAGCUGUCCAGCUAUUUGCGGGGCAAACUAUCCAACCUGUGUAUUUUUGUACAAAGAAUAAAGUUGUUGAAAAUGAAGAAAUGAUCGUCGCAGUGAACACAAUUUAUGCAUUUGCGUAGAGAAGCCUGAAAAAAAUUCUGUUGUUGUGGUGGUGGUGGUCGUGGAGGGACGACAGAAAUGUGCUGGUGGUGCUGGAAGACGAGAAACAAUAGAAAUAUAGAGAAAUUAAAAAGUGAUGAGGGAAAAUGAAAUUUUUUUUGGUUGUAGAAAGAGCUAGUUUGCUUCCAUACUCAUCACUAUGCACAAUUUUUGUGCCAAGAAUCAGUGAACCAGAACCAGGAAAAUGCGUUGUCUGCAAUGGACAAUGACAGCGGCAGGAAAUAAACGUGCAUAAUCAAUUAACGUUAGGGCUCAGUGAUUUUAGGUCACAGACGAGUUAGCGCUUAUUCCUUCGACAAUAUGUUUCAACCAAUAAGCCAUUUCCACAUUUCCCAUAAUGCACCUUAGCGCCCCCCAAAAUUUUGCAUAAAAAGGGAAAUGUGGAAGUGGCGUAUGAAUACUUUUUUAGUUGUAAGUCGACCAAUCAAAACAAGAGAUUCAUCUACCUAAAAAUUACUGGAAAAUCUGUCAAACUGGAAAAAUAAAACUAGAAGAUGACAAACAGGUUAAACCGGUGAAGGAUUUGUGAGCCUAUGUUCAAUGGUCUACAUCGGACUUGUUCAUUCAAACAUCGAUCUCCUCGUGUACUUAAUUGAAGGGAGAAGGUUCGGUACAUGAAAAGUUCGAUGUUCAAACUGGACCUUACAAAUAUACAAAAGGUGCGAUAAUGAGAACCCACUGCAUUUUAUUCAUGAGAUAAAGACAAAUGGCUAUGACGUCAUCGGCGGUAAUGAUUUCCACUGCAUGUUAAUAAGAUUCCAUCGAAAAAAAGGAUAAUUCGGUGAUGCGCCCUAUACUACUGGAAAGUGGCCUGCGACGUGGCAUUUGGACUAAAGUUUAGUUUUAUUCUUUGACUGCUCCUUGUAAACUGAAGAAGAUAAAGUAGAGAUGCUAUGGCUUUGGUCUAAACUAGGCCUCUAAAAAUUAAUCCAAUAGCAGACUCUAAGCUUAUUUCAUAAAAGGCCAUUAUUAGUAUGGCUUUUUUAACCGCGUCAUUUCUUCCUGUUUUCCAUAGUUUUCUUUGACUCCUCUUCAUCUUGCCUCUUGGUAUGGACACCAAUCUGCGGUCAAACUGUUUUUGAAAUACGGAGCGAACGUCAACAAUAAAGACAGGGUGAGUAAUAAAUGGUGGGGCAAGGGAAGUUCUUGGUUUCUUUUUUUAUUAUUCACACAUGAUUCCCUCUAAGUUGGCCAAUUAAAUUGACUUGGCUAUUCUCACUGCAUACAUAACUAGCGCAGCACGAAAUGGGACUCUAAACCUUUAGAUUCUGCCGUGCUUUCAUGUCUCCGGGGCGGCCAUGAUACUUUGCGGUCCUUCUGCUUAAAUUCCAGUGUUUUGCAUCUAUCGGGGAUCAUUUGGCCAACGUUCCGGUCAAGGAAGCUUUUGUCGCCGCACCUUCCUCCCCUGGUGCCGGUUGACGGGGCCAACUUUGUCACCUGCUGCUUACCUUAAUGCCAGAGUUGUCGAGGUCUCCUGCCAUAACUUAGUUUAUCGCGAUGUGGUAAUGGGUAUGUAGUGAGCAUAAACUACUAUAUGUUGUACAUCUACUACCUUAUGUAUACAUACCGGUGGUAAGAAUAUUCUUUCAGUCUUGUUGGCAAAUAGCACGUGGCAUGUAACACGAUUAACUCUGCUUGUGACGUUUUUAGUUUCAACGCACACCUCUGCAAAAAGCUGAACGUCAAAACCACCACUCCAUAGCGCAGUUGUUGCUGAAGAAUGGUGCGAGGCCAAGUCUUCAUCAACCAGUAAGAUAUUAGAUUGCAUGUGCUUCUUGCCAAGCGUUUUUUUUUCAGAUGACAUUCCCUUACUUUUGUUGUAUUCUAUACCGAUAAUGUUGAACAUUACAGUGCGACCUUUACAUUGUCGUAUGAGCUUGUAUCUAAGCCUACAUUGGAAUUCUAGGCUUAUUUUCGGAAGUUUACGGUAAAUACCGUUGCUGUCUGCUUGCAGCUUGCUUUUCCCACACUUCUUUGGCUCAGUUCUUCCCUCGACAAAUAACAUUCCACAGAUCUUUUUGUCGUUGAUAGUUUUCUAAUAAGAAUAAUAGGAUAUUAAAAUUUGUGUAACGCGCACGUUUCUUCACAUAUAUUAUCACAGUUGCGAUUUGUGAAUUUGAUCACAGUAAGAAUUAUUAACAAAAUUCACAUUUCUGUUUUUAAGUAGCCUGCCCUUAUGUUACCAAUGACGCCAUAUAUUUUAACCAUAGCAACCAACCACCAUAACAUGUUGUGUAAAAUGUGUCCAUUUGCAAUAUGAAUGCAGUGAAGUCCUAUUAAUCUCUUAUCUGCAAUAAGGACAGUUAAAAAUUAGUGCCAAAUGAAUUUCCUUUUUAUUAUUUUUGCUCAAACCAUGGUCAUUUUUAUCAUAGGUCUGUCUAAAGAAACUCUCAAGAAAAGCUUUCUUGCAAGUGGAUGAACAAUAUGGAUUUAAUCUGCUCCAGGCGGCUGUCUUUGAAGGAAAAUACAACAUUGUCUUACAAGCAAGUGGCCUUUUUGACAACUUUGUAGAAGAGAUGGAACUUACAAAAACGGGAAAAAACGCUAAAGAAUUUAUAGGAAAAUCGGCAGUUGACUUCUUGUCUCUUAGAAAGAGAAAAAACCCAUUUCAUGUUGAUAUCAAAAGGAUUUUUGAAAAGUUAGCUGAGGACAAGAGCAGACUGACUGAGCUGCAGUGGGGCGAUGAUGAUGUCGAACAGGCAGUUGAACUUGUAUUAAAUGACGGUGUAGAUAUCAGUGCCCCAGGAUCAGACGAUGAUUGCACAGCUUUGCUGCAGGCGAGUCGUUCGUCCUCAAGUCAGUUUAUUGAGACCCUCAUUGAUCUUGGGGCCGACGUUAAUGCCCAAAGGAGAGAAGGCAAAGAAACGCCACUAAUGUUAGCAGCUGACUGGAACAACUACAUGGCAGCAAGCUUAAUUGUAAGGCAUGGAGCUGAUGUAAAUGUCCAUAUUAGUACUGGGUGCACGCCACUGCACGUUUCAGUCAAUAACGGUCACGAAAACCUUGUCAGAUUGUUACUUAAACACAACGCAAAGGUUAAUAUUCAAAAUACCUAUGGAAAAACACCCCUUCACCAAUCAUUCUUAAAAGGUGACGAAACGCUCUGUAGAUUGUUACUUGAACACGAAGCGGAUGUAAAUAUUCAAGAUAAUCAUGGAUAUACGCCCUUGCACUGGUGUACUGACUGUGGUAACGAAAACCUCUGUAGAUUGAUACUAGAACAUAACGCGGAUGUAAAUACUCAAGAUGAAGGUGGAUAUACACCCUUGCACUGGUGUGCCAGAGAGGGCAACGAAAACUUCUGUAGAUUGUUACUUGAACACAAAGCAAAUGCAAAUAUUCAAGAUAAAGAUGGAUAUACACCCUUGCAUUGGUGUGCCAUAGAGGGCAACGAAAAUCUCUAUAGAUUGUUACUAGAAUACAAAGCGGAUGUAAAUAUUCAAGAUAAUCAAGGAUAUACAGCCUUGCACUGGAGUACUAGGAAGGGUAACGAAAACCUCUGUAGAUUGAUACUUGAACAUAACGCGGAUGUAAAUAUUCAAGAUGAAGAUGGAUAUACACCCUUGCACUUGUGUGCCUUAAAGGGUAACGAAGACCUCGGUAGAUUGUUACUUGAACAUAACGCGGAUGUAAAUACUCAAGACGAAGAUGGAUAUACACCCUUGCACUUGUGUGCCUUAAAGGGCAACGAAAACCUCUGUAGAUUGUUACUUGAACACCAAGCGGAUGUAAAUAUUCAAGAUAAAGAUGGAUAUACACCCUUGCACUGGAGUACUAGAAGGGAUAACGAAAACCUCUGUAGAUUGUUACUUAAACACAACGCGGAUGUAAAUACUCAAGAUGAAGCUGGAUGUACACCCUUGAAUUGGUGUGCCUUAACGAAGAACGGAAACCUCUGCAGAUUGUUACUUGAACAUGACGCGGAUGUAAAUAUUCAAGAUAUUCAUGGAUAUACACCCUUGCACUGGAGUACUAGAAAGGGUAACGAAAACCUCUGUAGAUUGUUACUGGAACAUAAAGCGGAUGUAAAUACUCAAGAUGAAGAUGGAUGUACAGCCUUGCACUGGUGUGCUAGAGAGGGCAACGAAAACCUUUAUGGAUUGUUACUUGAACACAAAGCGAAUGUAAAUACUCAAGAUGAAGAUGGAUAUACACCUUUACACUGGUGCGCUUUAACGGAAAAUGAAACCCUCUGUAGAUUGUUGCUUGAAUACAAAGCGGAUGUAAAUACUCAAGAUGAAGAUGGAUAUACACCCUUGCACUGGAGUACUAGAAAUGGUAGCGAAAACCUCUGUAGAUUGUUACUUGAACACCAUUCGGAUUUAAAUAUUCAUGAUUAUGAUGGAUAUACACCCUUGGACUUGUGUGCCUCAAUGGGGAACGAGAACCUCUAUAGAUUGUUACUUAAACACAACGCGGAUGUAAAUAUUUAA